ACUCCUGUCCUGCUGUGAUUGGUGGAAGGUCGGUCCCCAUCAGGUAUAUAAGUGUCUCCUCACCUUCAGGAGAUACAGAACUUCUCUCAUAUCCAUCAGGUCUUCCUGGACUCUGAAGAUGAAGCUCCUCCUUUGUUUCUGUCUCCUGUAUGCCGUCACAGCAGAUGACAGUUGUCCCGCCCUCACCAAUGUCAUGAAAUCUACAGCUUCCACAGUCCUGGCGAACAGUAAAAUUGUCUGCACCAGCGUCAGCCAGCAAGGAGCAUACGCUUCCUGUCCUGCAGAUUAUACCCCCACGGGAUGUUCCUGUGGGAUGGCCUGUGGCUCGUGGGACAUCCAGUCUGAGAAAACCUGUCACUGUCAGUGUGGCGGCAUAGACUGGACGGCGGCCCGCUGCUGCAAGAUCGGCUCUAAGUAGAGUCUGACCACCAGAGGGCGAUAGGAGUGACACCGCUGAAUGAUCUCUUCUAUCACAAGAGCUCCACAUCACAUCUAUUAUAUGGUUGUAGAACGGCUGAGGGGGUCCAAUAAUAAAAGGUUGAAGUUUGUGAUUUCUUUUGUGACAAAUAAAGUUUUCCUGAAAAUGUUGUUCAGUUA